GUGCUCUCUUUCCUCUAUUAUCAGUGUUGCCACUUUCACAGUGAAGCAAUAUGUCCUGGUCAACUAUAUUUUUCAUUUGCAUGGCUCUGGUGCUCUCUACACAAACAGCAGAUGGAUAUAAGUAUUAUCGGUCAGCACGCUGUGUGUACUCAGAUGACCUGCAUGAUAUGGAGUUUAUAGACUCUUAUGUUUUCAACAAAGUUGAGUACAUCAGAUUCAACAGCACAGUUGGUCUCUACGUUGGAUUAACGGAACAUGGUAUCUACAAUGCAGACCUAUGGAAUAAAGGACCAAUAGUGGCUCAGGAGAAAACCCAGCUGGAGGGUUACUGCAAGCAUAACGCUGCUAAUGAAUACAGCAACAUACUGGAUAAACAUGUGAAGCCCUCUGUGCCUCGACUUAGCUCAGGGACACCCUCUAGUGGCAGACACCCUGCCAUGCUCAUGUGCAGUGCCUAUGACUACUACCCCAAACAAAUCAGAGUGACUUGGAUUAGGGACGGACAGGAAGUGACCUCAGACGUGACCUCCACAGAGGAGCUAGUUGAUGGAGACUGGUACUACCAGAUCCACUCCCAGCUGGAGUACAUGCCCAAGUCUGGAGAGAAGAUCUCCUGCAUGGUGGAGCAUGCCAGCCUGGACAAGCCCAUUGUGGAGCACUGGGACCCGUCCCUGCCUGAGUCUGAGAAGAGUAAGAUUGCUAUCGGAGCGUCUGGGCUGGUCCUGGGUCUGGUCCUAUCCCUGGCUGGACUCAUCUACUACCAGAGGAAGAAAUCCAACGGGCGGACACUUGUGCCAAGUGGCUAGGGUAAGAGGGCAGUUGAUAGGUCAUCGAAUGGCACCAGAAAUGAUUUCUGUCAAUGAUUUUAUCUAAUGAUUGUGAAUUGUAACUUUUUGCAGCUCUGUAUUCAUAUCAACUACUAAACAUGGACCUUAAAGUAUGACUUCCUUCUAAAUAUAAUCAUAUUUUUUCUUAACCAAAAAUGGCAAUAGUGUAAUAUAUUUACGGCAUAAUCUAUUCUGUCUCAGCCAGACCAGUUCUAUGAGUUAAAUACAAAAUAUGCACUGAUAAUAUUCUUUAGAUUCACACUCAAAAAAUGUGAGUAUAAUAAAUCAGUUGUACUGAUAUAUAUGUCAAUUAAAGUAAUAGGUACAGAAAAUGGGUUGGGGUCCAUUUAAAUUGAAGUGUUGUGUGCCAACUGAAAAGCAUAAACAGGUCAACUGACACGAGUAAAUUAUGAGUCUGACACCCAACAUCUACUGAGACACUGUGAUGCUGUCUGUUAGAUACCAUUUACUGAAACACUGUGUGAUGCUGUCUGUUAGAGACCAAACGAGGGUUUGUUUAGUUUCCAGGUCAAAAUGUACUUUUUGAGAAGAGUAUUAGUCCCUGAUGUAUUACACUAUACUUAUUCCCUGCUUACAGAAGAUACAUAAUAUGAUAUAGUUAUGUUGUGCAGAGCUUGCGUAGAUUUAGAUAAGAGUACCCUGUGCUUGGAAGCUUGAGUGUGUUAUUCAAGUCUCAGUUAUAUUCAGUGUAUUGGUCAGGUCAGGAUAACUCUGUUUCACUAAUUAUUAACAUUAAUUUAAAAGGUGUUUUAAUGAUAAUGAUGGCUUUGUGGGAGAAUAACCUACGUUCUAGAAAUAGUUGUAGUAUAUUAUCACAAAUCUAAUCAAUUAGUUUUUCUUUCUUUGUGAAAUACAGUUUUGUGCAUUGAGCUUGGUAAGAAAUGUGGUGGUUUCAGAUUCUGUGUUGUAGGCUUAAUCAUUUCCACUGUCUGAUUGCAUCUUUUGAAUAAAUCUAUAAAACAUU